AGGGGUUCCUACAGUUAUACUUGAUUAUUAAUUUUAGACAGAAGUCAUGAAGUUGGUGAUUUGUCUUAUAAUCGCUGCUGUUUGUGUGUCCGUGAUUGACGCACAAUUCAUACUAUCUCACGAAACAAGAGUAAGCCAGCAACAAUUUACGUCUCAGAUAGCAACGGGUCAAUGGCUGAUUUUGUACUCGGUGUUUAUCGGAUCGCCAGGUGCGUUUAGUAAAGCCAAAUACAGUUGGCGUGUCUCUGGUAACUCAGUCACACGUACGACUGUAGUCAGCCAAACUACUUGUCAAACGGUAAUAGCCAAUUACACUCUGGGAGAGCACCUGGACCCUUCUGGUGCAGCACUGCUAAGAGAAGUUUUUCCAGGCCACAAGACCGAACUUUUCUACAGCCAAGAUCCCAGCAAGUACAUCUGGAUGCUCCUCUGCCGUACCCCAGGCCCUACACCUGGCUCCUGUACAUUUGGUUUCUUCGACCUCGCGAUCAAAGACACGCGCACGAAUCUGACGGGAGACUUAAACCUCGUCGGCCUACCCUGGGACAUGAUUGCCGCUGACCUGAGAGCGACCCGUGGCCUCACAUUCGACAACCCCGUUGUCCAAUACGUGUGGACCGGAACUGAAUGUCCGAAUCCAUAAGACGAGUAAAACCACAGCAAUCAGCAGGAAGAACAACUAAUACCAACGAUAUAAUAAUUAAACCUUGUAUUCUUAUCCAAUUAAUACUAACACACUUUUGGUGUAGCUAAUUUAUGAAAUGACAUUCUCCAAAUGUUCUGAAAGUUAAGAAUUCUUCAAAAUAAAGACCAUGAUUGCAAA